AUCAUCACAAAGAAAAAGAAGAAGAAGUAUGUAUAAUUUUUAGUUAAUUAUUGAUAAUCCCUAUACUGGCAAAUUUCUUAUUGCGAAUAGGAUAUCAUGGUAUUUAAGUGCCAAGAUGAUUCUUUUUUAAAAGAGUUCACUUCUAAAGUUAUUGAAUGCAACAAAGUAUUGGUUGAUGAAGUGGUUGACGGUAAUGUACAAACUAUUGAGUAUUAUGCAGUUAUUCUGGAAGAUACAAUAUUGUUUCCUGAAGGGGGAGGUCAGCCUUGUGAUUAUGGAUUAAUAGAAGAUAUUCCAGUUAAAAAAAUUGUUAGGAAAGAAGAUAAAGCAAUUCACUUUAUUUCUCAACCCCUGGAAAUUGGUACUUCUGUUAAACAAAAAGUUGACUGGGAACGAAGAUUUGAUCACAUGCAGCAACAUUCAGGUCAACAUUUAUUGUCUGCCGUACUUGAACAAAAAUUUUCAGCUGAAACUGUAUCUUGGUGGUUAGGAGAAGAAGAUUCUUAUGUUGAAUUAGAUAUUCCUAUGUUAUUGGAUAAGGACAUUCAAUUAGUAGAAAAUAUGGUUAAUGAAUUAAUAAGGGAAGGACUAGAGGUUACAGUGACCGUAUAUCCAAAAGAUAUACCAAAAGAAUUAUAUGAUGAGGUUCGUAGUGUGAAGGGUUUACCCGAAGAUCACAAAGGAGAUAUUAGAGUUAUAAAUAUUGGUGAUAUCGAUAGUAAUAUGUGUUGUGGAACUCAUGUUACAAACGUUAGUCAAUUACAAGGCAUCAAAUUAUUACAUAUAGAGAAAAGUAAACGCAAAAAUAAAAUAUUGUUACAUUUCUUAGUGGGUAACAGAGUACUGAACAAAUUAGCAAGUUGUUUAGAUAGAGAGAAGAAACUCACUACCAUAUUAAAUAACAAUGCAUCCCUACAUGUCGAGUUGGUAGAAAAAUUACAAAAAAAUUUAAAAAUCUCUAAUAAAAAUUUACAAACGAUACUAAAAGAUUUAGCUGUACUUAAUGCUAACAUGUUAAAGAGUGUUCAACCAGCUCCCAAAUAUUUUUCCAUGCACAAGAAAGAAGCUGAAAUAGAUUUUAUGCAAAGAUUCAUCAAAGAAGUGGGAUCAACUGAUAUAUUUUUAUUUUUGUCUACUGGUGAUGAUAAAAAAGAAGGGAACGUUAUUUUAUAUGGCCAUGAGGAAGAUGUUGCAACGUUAGGACCCAAAUUUCAUCCAUAUCAUAUAGUACUACAUCAAACAUUGGUUAAUCGUGAUUACGACAGAAGGUUGGAUUAUUGCAACUGGUUACUACUCGUACAUAUGGUAUAUAACGACCCUCAAUUACUGUCACGUAUUUUGUGGACAAUCGAAGCUACAUUUAGUAGUGAUGGUACAGUUAACCGGCAUAAUAUGCACUAUUGGUCACAGAAUAAUUCAUGCUAGAUGGAAGAAGUUCAGUAUCACGGACAAUGUUCGGUGAAUCUAUGGUGUGGUAUUGUAGAUAGUCAGAUAAUUGGACCUUUUAUUUUUGAUAACGCAAUUAAAGGGGAACGCUACCUAAAUUUUAUAAGGGAUGAAUUACCACUUCUAGAAGAUAUAUCACUAGCAACACGUAGGUCUAUUUUGUUUCAGCACGAUGGGUGUCCGGCGCAUUUCUCCAGAUAAGUUAGAGAAUUUUUAGAUAAUGCUUACCCUAAUAGGUGAAUAGGACGUGGAGGCCUAUUUUUUGGCCAACCAGGUCACUAGACUUAACCGUCUUAGAUUUCUAUCUCUUGGGCUGGAUUAAAGAUCUUGUUUGUGCAAUUAGACCCACUACUAGAGAUAACAUGAUCGAGAGAAUAAUAAACGCCAUUUGAACAUUAAGGUCGUCACUAGCGAGGUACCUUAAGUUAUAUUUCCAUUUUAACUUCCAUAACGUAGUUUCCCGGUGACAGCAUAAGUAAUAUUGACAUAAUAAUUGGAACUAUUAUUAAUAGAACAAGGUAAGAUAAGAUAAUUUUGAGGAGUCACAAAAUGUUAAAAUCCCUUCAGUCAAAACGGAGUAAUUUAUGUUUAAAUGAAAAUGUUUAAAAUUUACACAUUUCUUAGGAUAUCUCGUAAUACGAAAUAGAUAUCGACAUGCGGUUUUCGCUAUUCUGUUCCUAAGUUAUAACUCUUACAUUGGUAAAAAGGAGCUAUCUUCAAAAAGUUUGUAUAGAUAGGUUUCCGGCUUCCCCCCACCUCUUAUUUGAAAAGAUAGACUAAAACUUGAAAAACAAAUAUGUAUACGCUGAAUUUCUUGAAAAAUACGAUAAUCAUAGUUCAAUUGCAUCUUAAUUAAGCAAAAUUUGUAAAUUGUUCAUUUUAUAAUUUUUGGUAUUUAAUUAUUCCCUCUGGCGGUGGACCUAGAGCCAUUCUUAUUGGGACACCCGGUACAAUGUCAUCGGAGGAGUAUAGACGCAAAUUCGAGAAAUUCGGUAGGCGUGUUCGAGAAUUGAAUAGAGAUCAUUCCAUGGAUAUAAGAUUGAAGCGAUAAGAGGAUUGGAACGAAUGCGAUUGUUUGAGAAUGAGGAUAAAAACGUUGAAAAAUCGACAACUUCCGCACGCGCAAUAUCCAUUAAACAGAAUAGAACAACAAGAACGAUAGGGCGGGGAGGGAGGAGAUUAUAAUUAAGGAUGAUAUUAAUAAUGUGUUUGCAAUUAAAUGUGUAAUUUUAAUAUGGGCAUAUAGGCAUAAAUGAGUAGACUUUGUGUGUGUUUCAAUAAAACAGCUCCUCAUUAUUUAUGUUAUUUUAUUAAAUCAAAACAAAAAAAAUUACAAUGAUAUCAUAUUUGAAAGGCAGUGUCGUAAUUGAUUCAUAUUUAUUUUCGUACAAUUGAAGGUUCCAUCUGCAUGGUAUCAAUAAUAAGUCGUUGUGGUGGCGUAAAUAUGCACUCAAAUGCUUCUCCGUUUUCGAUGGACAUUUCCCAAGAUUGCAAUUACCAUUGAUAAUGUAGCCUUGAUAGCCUGAUUUUCAUUGUGGUACGAUUUUAUGCGUUACUGGUAUCAUAUGAUUAUUUUGUCGUGUCGUGUAUAGUUAUACAAUAUGCUUUUUAUUAGCGGGAAAUCCUUUUUCAUUCCCUCAUACUGUUUAGGACAGUCUAUCUAUUAUAAUUAGGGAAUGAUUUUUGAAUUCUUCGUAAUCUAAGUUGAAUGCCAAACACCAGCACUAGAAUUAUUAGUAUAACUUAUUUAUAGAGUAACGUGUAAUUAUCAUAGGCAAGAGUAUAGAUAUUCUUUGCGAAAUCUAACUUUAAUAGUUCGAAUUGCAAAAAUUCUCUAUUCAAAUCCAAUCUUACAUUGGUAGCGUUCAAGUGAUCAAAUUUGAAGGGAUCGAUGGUUGUUUUGUUGCGUUUAACUGUUUGGAAGAACUCCACCGACGAGUUCGUUUCAACUAACCAAAUUUCAUUUUUUGCGUCUCUAGUUUAUGCAAACAAUAUACAAAGUUCCCAAUCUCUAAAUGGUAUGAAUAUAAGUCGAUCAUUUUUUAUUUGCUCCAUCAUACGUAAUUUGAUAUUAUCGUCUGAUAGAUAUGUUUAAUCUUCAACGUCAUACGGUCUAUGAUGAUUUUGAUUGAUGUUUGUGAUGUAGUAGUUACUCCAUUUACGAUUACGGCAUCUUGCUACGAGAGUAAAUGAAUCGAAAAGUUUGUUUUCCAUAUGUAACCUUAGUGUAAUCGUUUAAUACAUUAAAAAUAUGUGUAAGACGAAUCAAUAAAGAUUUACUACCACCGCCAAUAUCAUGCAAUAGUGGUUUUUUUGGAAAAUUCCAACCGGCUAUAGCCAUUUCUUUCGAUUCCACAUCAAACUUCUAACCGGAUUUCGUACUACUUCUAUUUCUUCUCCACUUUGAAUAUAGGAACAAGAAUCGAAAUGCGCCACAAUUCGGAGCAAGAUAGACGUGUCCACAGCCGGUUGUUUCUAAAUUUCCCUUGAUUUCCAAGUGUGUUUCAUGUAUGAUGUAGAGCGGGUCAAUUUGUUGGAUAUCAAAUUCUACGGAAUAACUAUUGUUUUUAACAGUGAAAAUCUUCUUUUCCUAUAAAUUCAUCAUAUUAAGGAUCUCGAUAAAGAUCGAAUAUUGCCAAUAUUUUUAUCACAGGUUGUUGUUGCUCAAUACACUUCGGAACGAACGUAUUCCCUUUUUUGAGACAUUCUUCUUAAAAUUUAAUCCUAUUACUUGGAAGAACACAGUGAGCUUCGUUCUAUCGAACAAUUUUCGAGAGACUGGUCGUCAUCGUUGAUCAAAAGACCCAUUGUCAGCUUUCCAAUAUAUGUAGGAGAAGCGUGCUUUUCUCUCCACGAAAAUUAACGGAUUCGAAGUCUUGAUUCAAUACUCGAAUAGCAAUUUUGGUGAUUUACAAGGUGCUGCUUGCAGAUACGUAAAUCGAAUUAUUGGGUCGUUCGUUGAUUGCGUAACUAGGAUCUACUGUAAUUGGUAAACUGAAUAAUAUAUGAGCAGGUUUAUCACCGUCGAAUGAUCCGUCGGCUUUUACUUUACUUUACUGCUGGUCAGAUAAGUGACUAGUUCUUUCGGAGGCUUUAGAUUAUCGAACGAAUCAAAAUAUUCCACGCAGAGAUUUAUCUUUCUAUAGGCUACCCAUUUAGAUACAUCUAAAUUUAGUAACACGAUUUCAUUGCUUUGUUAUGUAGAUGUUCUUCUGUCAAUUUCUGUUGGGCACUUUUUGCAUCGAUCACCGUUUUAGCUAUUCCCGCCGCACCUCCCGAUAAUGCCGAGUGAAAUGAUCUUAAGUAUACAGAUUUGACGAAGGUUUUACGGAAUUUUCAAGAGAAAUAUAACUUGCCUGUAGAUGGUAUUCUAAAGAUAGAUACAAUCGAACUAUUACAUCGUCCUCAAUGUUAUGUAGGACAAAAUGAUUAUAGUAUCGAACACUCGUAUCGUAUUAAAUCGAAAUGGAAUAAAGCGAAUAUAAAUUAGUAUUUUCCUCAUGCAUCACCUGCAUAUGCUGCAACCACCCAAAAAGGCCUUUAAUCUAUGGAAACUAAAUUUCAAGGUGUAUGAUACAUAAUGUCAAGCUGUAUACCCGCCUAUAGAAUCCUUUUGUAUUUCAUAAAGUUAUUUUUUAAUAAUGAUUUCGAUUAAAAAAGGGUCAGUUGUAAAGAAGUCUAGAAAUGUACAGUACUAAAAUAAAAGGUGAUUUGUUCAGUUUUACUCAUAACUAAAUCAAUCAAUCAAGCAACAUAAAAAUACAGUCCAGUAACCAAAUCAACUCAACCAACUUGCAAUGGAACAUUUUCUUUUAUUUCAUACCAUUUUUUAAAACAACUGAUCUUCAUUUUUCAUAUACUCAAUUUUCCAAAAACAAACAUCCUCUGCUCUCUGAAUAAUGCAAUUUUCAUCUAUUGAGAUUUCUUUAUUCGGAAUUAUUUACAUUUGAUAAAACUAGAUAUGCCAUCAAAUUUGACAACUGUUAUUAACGUUAAUAUGUAGUCACCGACUUUGAAAUUCUUCAUAAAUGUAAAGAAAAUAUAUUUUCUUUAAUUAUUAGCGCACUCUGCCGAGUGUCGUAACAAUAGAAAGUGACAUGCACGGUCAAAUCACAAAACUCACUUUUGGGUUCUGUGGGACUAACGGAAUGAUGACAUGACAGUAAAGCAACGCACAUGUCAAUGUUGACGUUUAAUUAAUAAUUUUGGUAAAAUUAGAAAUGAUUAAUGAUUCUAUAUCUAUGUCUAAUUUAAAAUUGAAAAAAAUUGUUCAUUUCAACUAAAUUGGAAAUUAAAAUGAGAGGAUUUUUGUUACAUUAAAUAGGGCAAAUAACAAUUUGUUUAAGUACUCUGAUGUAUUUAAGAGUCCGUAAGUUCGAAUACUGGAAAAGUCUCCCAAUACCAGACAGUUUUAAAGCAAAUUUAUUUUUGUCGUAUCAGCUACUGAGAGAUAUAGGUGAUAUUCAUACCACUAUUCCUAUUCAUACUACUAUACACUAUUUACACUACCUCUACAUUAACACUUACAAUUACAAUGUCUGACGCGUGUUUCGAUAAUAAAGUUAACGUUAAAUUUCACAUUUAUUCAUUAAAUAAUAGGCCAUGUCUUUCUAUUCUUAUAUACAUUAGAUUAGUUGCCGCUGCUGUAUAAUCCUUCACAAAAUUUUAGUAAGCUUGAAAUCCUUCAAAACUCGUUUGGUUUGUUUCCAAUGACUAUCAUUAUAACAAUUAAAUUGGUUAAAAUAACUGACUGGAAAUGCAAUGUCAGGCCUUGUUAAUACAGCCAGGAACAGUGACAAUGUUAAAACCAUUUGAGGCAAUUUUGCACGCCAUCUAGUUACUUUUAUGCUCGUUCUUCAUAAAAAUGACCCGUAUCUUAGUGUCAUCUGAAAUAAAUAGCAAUAUUUUCAACAACUAAUGUUUUUUGGAACGAUCGCAACUAAAUGUGAAGGUUUCUUUAUCUUCGAAAUUCGAACCGGCAGUACAUUGUUGCCGAUUUUACUUUUUAUUACGAAAGUAACACAAAUUACCUAUUCUAUAGUAAUCUUUACAAUAGAUAGAUAGGGCGUAUUUUGAAGUAUCACGUUUCUAAUAAUGUUAUAACAUGUAUUCAUCUCGAACCGAAAAUAAACUUAAUCUCGUACUAAUUGUUUGUCACCAAUUUCAAUGUAUAAAAAAAAGAUUUUUGUAAUGAGUUCGUGUUGCACUAGCAAAUAAUGAAACAAAUAAUUUUUUGUUAAUCAGUUAAUCACUUAAAUUUGGGAUAGAAAUAAGGAUCCUUGCACAAAGGUAUAUAAAAAAUAUAUAUACAUACUUUCCUUUGGUGACUGAAAUAAUAUGAAUUUGCGAUUUCAGAACCUAGAUCAUGAAUGUAUUUUUGAAACAUUCAUAUUUUGAUGAUAUUUUGAAGAGGCGAAAAAAUGAAUCCUGGCUAUUUUGUAUGUUUUUUUUAACUUUCAGUUGAUUUAUGUGAUUUAUCCAUUUUCCCCUUUCUUCCUGGGAAAAAUAUAAUUGAUUUUGUUCCGCUUUCGUACUGUAUUUGAUAAAAUCAAAAACAAUAACUUGUAAAAAGAUCUAACUAUACUAAUAUUUUAAACGUAACGAGAUGAAAUAUACUAAAUGUAUCAUAAUACAAGAUCGUAAGUACUAAUAAUUCAAUUAAUGACAUUGUAGAAUUCUUCGAUUGUGCAAUAUGUCCUUUCUUAGCAUGAAGGUUCUAACAGGUCAGAGGUCGGUUGGGCAAUUAACCAUCUUACGGCAUUACCUAAUGCUUGGACUUUCAGUUAAAUUGUAAUCAGACGGAUUUCAAUAUAAAUAGAGUAGGAUGAGUUAAAAUUUUGUAUUUUCAAUACAAUGUGAAGUUAUGAAGUACAUUAUGAAUAAAUUGAAAUAAAUGAAUGUAAAUAAAAAACAUGUUAGAUUUUGGCAUAAACGUCAGGAAUCACGGAUUUUUGCUCUGAGGUAAUUGCAUCCUUCAUAUUAGAUAACUAAAUAAAACACUCAAAGUUUUAAUAUAUGAAUUUAUUAGAAAAUAUCGAACAGAAAUAUUAAAUAAAGUCACAAUAAUAACUACACUUUUUAUGAAAUUGUUGAUAUAAAAUUAUAAUAAUUAUAGACUGAGCGUUUGAAAAAAUUAUCAGAAACUACAAGUAGUACGGUCCUGUAUGUAUUCCUUCUGCAUUUUGCAGCUACAACAUUGUUAGUGGGAAAUUCGAAUGGCCAACAAAUUUAGUAAAUUUAUUGUAAUUUUAAAACUUUUACAAAUUCUCAAAAUGUUUGUUAAAAAGUAUGAUAAUGUUGCUUGGAAACAUUAUUCACAUUCUAUUAUUUUUGUUUUCUGGAUAUUAUUUUUUUUAUAACCAGUACCCGAUCCAUUUGGACUAUGUGUUCAAGAAAAUAUAUACAAAGUAGCUCUCAAUUUUGACCACAGAAAGAAAUGGACAAAAUCCAGUAAACAACAUGAAUCUUCGUUAAGAAGACUGUAAAACCCCAAAAAUGUAGUACAUGUAGAAUCUACUCGCUAUGACCUCUAGUUAUUCUAAUCACAUUUGAAUUGUGAUUUGUUAAAUGGGCAUCAGUCAUACAUCCAGCCAUUUUGAGUUUUUGAUUUUGUUGAACCCUGUAUUAGUCGAACUAUCGUUUCUUGUUAAAACGGCAUAUGUCCUUGCAUUUACAAGCUUGUCAUGGGCGCGCAAAAAGAUCAGAUUUUGUUAUAAAGGCAUCAGUCAGUGACUCAUGCCGUUUUAAUAAAUUUCUUCCGGCAACGUCACGUGGAACUGUUAUGAUUCUUAGGUUAGGAUUUAAUUUGACUGAAAGUUGUCAUUAACAUGAUUACUAUCAUUAUUUUGUGAUCACAAGAAAUAUAUGAAAAUUAUGGAAAGUGAUAGUGAUGUAGACAAUGAUACUGAAAAAAAUAAUUCACGCAAGAGAAAAUACGAUCCAAGCAAAUACGUUAGAAAUAAGAUUAAGGAUUCUAGAACUAAAGGCAAAUUAUACGUAAACCAUAAGGGGAAUACCGUAGAAGCCAAGAGCUCUAGAUUAUCUUGUGGGUAAGUGUACAGUGUUUUUUAUAUUUCUCAAUAUGUACUGUUUUUCCUUUGUUUACAUAAUAGGAGUAAAAAGAAAUGUUUGGAGACUCUUGGUGAAGAUAAUUGCAUCGAUAUAUUCACAAAGUUCUAUGAUAUAGACCAGAGGUGGGGAACCUUUUUACCAUUAGAGGCCACAUUUAAGUUAGGCAGCAAUAAGAGAGGCCGCAUAAGCUAAUUGACCUAAGAAAGUGACUUUUGUGAAAUUAUUAUAGUUUUUCUAUAGAUUUAACAAUUUAUUGCAUUAUAUAGAAAAAAUAAAAUAUAAUACUACAAAAUUUUAAAUACAAUAUACAUAUAAAAUAAUAUAAAAAUAUUAUAAAAAAAUACAAUAAAAAAUAUUUUUUUACUCACUAAGUUAGUGACUUAUUUGGCUUUGUUUUUUGUUUGACAGUAAUUGUAUAUUUGGAUCAAGCUUCGUAACACACAGCUUUAAUUGAUCCUCUAAAUGUGCAUCUGUAAUUUGCGUUCUUAAAUUUGUUUUUAUUUUUGACAUGAGAGAAAAUGUUUUCUCGCAACAGUAGGUACUUCCGAAGCAGGAAAGUAAACAGCGAGUAUGUCCUCAAAGGCAUGGAUAUUCAACAGCAUUUUUGCAGAUUUCUAUGGGAUCCUUUUUAGCGUUAAGAAGGGAUUUAAUGAUACUAUCUUCCCCUAAAUCAAUUAACUCCAUUUGUAGUUCUGCAGGAGCCUCGGAUAUAUCUAUUAAAUGUGGUUGAAAUGCCAGUUUCAUAGCAGGAGUGUGCUCAUCAAAAUCAGAAAAUCUAUUAGUAUACUCUUCUAUUAAGCAAUCCAAGACACCUACAUAUUCAUAGAAUAUUUUAUUUUCACAGUUCUGCUCAUUUAACAUUUUAGCUAGUUCCGGAAAGUGUUUUGCAGAUAUUUCCGAUCGAUAAAGCAAUGUUUUGAAAAAUGAUAAUUUUUUUCUAAACGCUUGGAUCUUUUGCCACAUUUCAUAAAUAUACCUCGUUUUACCUUGCAGGCAAAUAUUUAAAUUGUUUUGUUUUGACAUCAUAUCAGACAAAAAUGCAAGGUUUCUGAGAAAUACUUCAUCUGAUAGAUCACAAUGUUUUCCUUGUUCUUGAUAAAAGUUUAAAAUUUGUCGUCGCAAAGACAAUACUUUUAUCAAAACCUGACCUGUUGAUAGCCAGCGAACCUUGAAGUAGUAUGGUAGGUCAACACUACACGUUUCCUUAUAUAAAGAGAGCAUCUGCCGAAAUUCACGAUGACGCAUUGCAUUUACGCGAAUAUAGUUGACAAUGGCAAUGGUUCUAUCCAGAGUGUCUUGCAAAAUGGUAAAUUUUGCGCAAAGAUUUUGCUGAUGCAAAAUACAGUGAAAUGAUUUCAAUUUUUUCAAGUUUAAGUUUUCUUUUUUCAACAAAGCAACGAAUCCUUCAUUUUUGCCUCUCAUGGAAAGUGCGCCAUCGGUGCAGACACUGACUAAAUUACUGACAUUCAAUUGUAAUUUAUUACAUACUUCUUUGAAGUUUUAGAAAAUAUCGACUCCGCAAGUUCUUCCAGUUAGUAACAUUGAAAAUCUUUAGUUAUAGCACAAUAAAAUAUAAAGCCGAAUCUGUUUAUCAGUGCUUUUAUCUGAAGCAAUUGAAAAAUAAACAUCUUCAUUUUGUAUAAUUGUAUGAAGCUGCUCUGUUACAUUUUGCGCUAAUUCGUCCUGUCGAUCUGUUACAGUUCUUCUUGAAAGAGGUAAUUGUUUGUAUUUGUCGACAUUUCUUGGAUCUAACAUACUCACUGCUUCAACAAUACAUUCUUUAAUUAUUUAAAUGUCACUAAAUGGUUUGCCCCUUUUUCCAAGUAUAUGUGCUAUUUUAUACGUAACAGCAACUGUAGCGGAAUUUUGAUUUACAAAGGCACUAAAAGAUGUCUGCUGAUGAUGCUUCUCAUUUUUCAACUUUUAAAGUACAACUUUUCGUGAUUCACCUUCUAAAGCGAAAUAUUUAUGUUCUUUAUGAGUCAAGUAGUGUUUAUUUGCAUUCGCUUUUUUAAAAGUAUUUAAAACUGUAUUGCACAACAAACACAUCAUUUUAUCUUUCUCAGCAGUAAAGAAAAAAUCUAACUCCCAUUCUACAUUAAAUGUUCUGUUUUCAUCACAUAAUUUUCUUCUCUUUCUAUUUGACAUUAUGGAUAAAAAAAAACGAGUAUCGAAUAAUAUCUUUAACAAAAUGUAUACUUUCUAGAAAUACAAUAAAACCAUGCAACUGUUAUAAGAACGCACUGUUAACUACAGUUUGCUGAAGAUCGCAACAAGGAAGCGUUGAGAGAAGCCAAAGCAAGGUGUGACACUCAAAUGGGAGAUCUGAAACCGAGUUUUGUUUACUUCUUAGACAAGGUAGUUGGCGCUGCUGGCGUUAAUUUAAAUUUUUUUUGCAAAGACCAUCAGCUGACUAAUGAAUUGCUCUGUGUAAUCGAUGAUGCAACCAAUCAAUAUCGAUGUAAACAUAUCGUCUGCUAGCAUGUGGCUGCUCUGUAUGACAAAUUUUGUAAAUAGUAUUUUGUAAUUUUAAUUUAUUUUCAAAUAAAUAUUACAUAGAACAUUAUUCGUUUCUUUAUAUAUAUGUAAAUUACAUAAACAUUGUGGAAUUUUCAGUGAAGUGAAAAAUUAUUUAUUUGGAUAUAAAACCAAUAUUUCGGCAAUACUCUGAGAAAAGCAUAAUUGAUUUCUGUAAUUCUGAAAUCUUCGAAUAAAUCAUUUUUCACUUAUCUGAAAAUUCUACAAUUUCUCAAUUCCCAAUAUUCCUUCUAAAUAAAAAAAGAAAAAAAUAAGAAAAAAGAAAAACACACACAGAUAAGCCGGCUUUUUUUUCGUUUAGUUCAUUCUUAUUGCAACUUGGGGGCGCUGAAAACUGUUUAAAAAAUUAACAUUGAGUGUCCAAGUCUGAAACGGAUGGUCUGUGGGCCAGAGCCUCGCUCAUGUGUGCUAGGAUCCGUUUCAGACUAGUAUUCUGACGUCAUGUUACAAUAUGUCUGUCUUUGGCGGGAUUUUUCGCGCAACUGUCAUGGCGUUGAUGUACAAUAGUUGUUUGAAACGAACUCAUUUAAAAACAAUGCAUAAGUUGUAUCUUGAAAAAUAUCCCGACAAGAAAGUUAGCUAUUCCUUUUAUCGAUCUUUUUUUGUAGAGAAUUUUAAUUAUAGAUUCAGAAGGCUACAAGUUGAAACAUGUUGUACAUGUGAACAACUUAACUUAAAAAUAAAGUCACCCUAUUUAAAUGAAGCUGCUAAACGCACUGCAGUGGCUGAAUUACUAGUUAACAAGCACAGAAGUAGAAAAUUUUAUUCAGCCUUAAAACAUGCAGCGUCGGAUGAUGGUAAGAAUGAAGAUAACGUCUUAUCUUUAGCUUUUGAUUUCAUGCAAAAUAUUUCUCUGCCUAAAGUUCCUAUUCAAGAACUUUUUUAUCAUCGCCAAUUAACUGUAAACGUCUUUGCAAUCUCUAAUAUUAAAGCUAACACCAGUUUUCUGUAUGUAUACCACGAAGGUAAAGGGAGGAAAGGGUCUGACGAAGUAUGCUCGUUUUUGCAUGACUACUUAAAGCAGAUCCCAGAGGAAAUAACUGAACUGCGUCUCUUCUUUGACAACUGCUCCGGUGAGGGGGCACAGUUUUUCACCUCGUGACAGGGAUUUUGGAAUUAUUUCUCUAAGAUUAAGAAAACAUGAUAGAAUUUUCAACGUGCAUGAAGUAACUGAACACAUUAUUUUAAGUGGCAAACCAGGCAAAUUCCACGUUAAGGAAGUUAAAGUGGCAUACCUUUUGGACUUUAAAAUGUUUUCACGUCAUCUACUCACUCUCGAAUUUUUUGCAUCAAGUAUAUAUUAUGUAGAAUUUUCGAAUGGAUUUGUAUAUUAAU